AAUCCGACGACGAAGCUAUAACAAGAAUGCGGCCUACGAAGCUGAGCUUUCUCGGGAGGAAGAACGAUUGGAACUCAAGCGGGCCAACCGUCAAGCGAAACGAAACCGAGAGCAAGAACAGUCCAAAGAAAAAGAAAAACUGGAAACAUCUACAGAAAUGUCGGUGGAUGAGGGUGAUGAAUCGCAGGUGGACGCAGACGACAUUUCCCCUGUCAGAGGGAGGCGAAAGAAACGCGGCGGGAAACAGUCUACCGGAAGUCGCGGCAGCAAACGCACGAAAAAAGUUGAGGUAGAGAUAGAUUACGCAGGAUGUGAAGACGCGGACACAGACGAGUAUUACUAUGAGGAUAACUACGCAUACGAGGGGGUGUCGGAAGACCUGCCGUCUCAUCUGCAUGACGAGUUGAAUGACAUGAUUGACGACGGCACCACACAGAGCGAGGAACAGUUUGACAAGCCAGCCGAGACUAACGAUAGCUGCGCCCAGGACCGCCGCACGCCUCCGCUGUUGAAGAAGUUGACGUGUAGUAAAACCUCGGGAGAAACGGUUCUUCACCGAGCGGCGAGGAUGGGGUACGAGGACGUUGUUCUACACUGCCUGGAGACGAAGCGGGUGGACAUUAACGCCAAGGACAACGCAGGGUACACGCCGCUCCACGAGAGCUGCGUGCGAGGCAAUUUGUCUGUAGCCAAACACCUGCUGGAGUUCGGUGCCAAUGUGAACUGUAGCUCACAGGACGGAAUACGGCCCAUACACGACGCCGUGGAGAAUGACCACGUGGAGAUCGUGCGGCUGCUGCUGUCUUAUGGGGCAGACCCCACUCUGGUGACGUACUCGGGAAAGACGCUGAACAAGAUAGCACGGUCCAAAGCCAUGAAGACGUUCUUAGAAGGCUACUUUGCUGAUCUCAAAGUUGGUGACAAGAGCACAGAGAUACACCCAUGGGAAUUUGCCGGUUCGUCUUCAAUACUUGAUCCCCAAGAAGAGGUGGGUUACGACAUCUUUGCAGACAUGCCCUCAGACUCGGACUCCGACUGCGGCUACGAGAGCGACAUCGAGUUCGAGAUGGGGGACAAGCCGCACGUGCCUUGUUAUAACAUCGUGUGCGAGGACGACCAUGGACCCUGCAAUUACGUUGUACUGUAUGACGUGCUGGAUUACCUCGACAUGAAGAAAAACGAUUUCAUCAAUUUUCACGGAAACCUCACGUUCGUGUCCUUAAAGAUGAGCGAUUUUGCUGAAGCGAUAGCCAGCAGCGUGGUGAACAACAGGUGUAAGUGGGUGACAGGGGACAUGGCUAAAUCACAGGGGUAUAUUGAGCUGGUCAAGCUAGAUGAUAACCUGAGAAGAAUCUUUGGUACCUCGAUGGAAAGGUUGCCAAAGGAACAGCCGGCGGAGACACAGGUAGUGGAGUUGGUAAAUGCCGGGUCUGUUGUUACGCCAAGCACCAGUUCCGCCCCAAAUAACAUGUUAGAGCCAGACGACAUGAGAGUUAGCAUUAAGAAAGAAAUAAGUGACUACGACGAAGAACCUGUCCAAAUGGAAACUGAUUUUACCCAAUCAGGUUCUGCGGAUGUCGGAAGUCCGGAUGAUGACGAGCCGCCCGUGCUGUAUGUCAUGUGUGACCCCGCAGAAUUACAAAGGUCUCGUUUCCGGUCCCCCGUACACCCAGCAACUACAGAGGCUCCGGACGCCAUGAUGACGUCAUUUGACGGCUUACACGAACGCGGAGCGGUGUUUGCAGUCAAAGAAGGAACAACAGCUGAGAAACUUUCUGCAGAACUUCCAUUUCCUCCUGCGAUCCGUCCUAUCAUCCAAGCCAAGCCCAGUGAAGCAGACGCCAUCUGUGAGCUUAGGAUAGCAGACGUCUGCAGUCUGGCGGGUAAAGGUGUUGAACUGUUCAAUAACAGCGCAGGCGCGUUGCCGGGAAUGUUUGAAUCUCAAGUCUCAGAAAACAAAGCUCGGCGAACGGAAAACGGAAUGGACGAAGACACCGAUGAUGAUAUGCCUCAACUUACAAUGUGUACAUGAAGCUUUUUUUUUUCAACAUCACACAGUUUUUGGAAAAACGUUUUCUUUCAAGAACGCAAGUUAAUGCGUUUAUUUUUCAAAAAAAAAAAAAAAAAGAAGAAGACUUGAAAUGAAGCGACCUACCUCUUGACGAAGUCAUGUUAUGUAACGAAAAAGCACUAAGGUACUGAUACUUUUAAGGUCCACCUUAAGCUUUUUGUGAAAACGAAUUUCUACCUUUAUGACGUACCACAAAAAGACACCGCUCCUUAAGACGAAAAGAAGUCGAAAAGAAGUAAUCACACGACAACCCACUUUUCGCCGCAAUGUACCAACACAAUUCUGGUUUCAGUUUUCUCGUAAUGCGAACAAGGCUUACUGCAUUUUGAAAUACAAUUUUGCACACGUACAGCAAAAGGAAACGCCUAAUUGGUGGACCCAGGAGAUCCAUGUUUGACUACCUCGCUAUAAUUACAGUGGCAUUGAAGUUUAUGUUUGUUCGUUUUUGACACCGUUGCAGUGGUUGUUCGUUCUGUUCUCUUUUUUUUUUUUUAUUAAUUUUUCAUUUGUAUUUAUUUGAUUAUUUUUCUUUGUGUUAUACCAGUAUGCUGAGACGAUAGAACGUCAGUAUCAGUUUAAGUGUGAGACCGUCAAUUACGCCAUAAAUUCAAGACGAUUCCUUGUUACUAAUUAAUGUGAACUAAGUUGAUUACCUCAGUUAUAUCCUAUGGAUAACGGUGCAAGAGGAAUAUGUACACAAUGCGUCGAGGCAUUUAAAAGAGAAAGUGUGAUUGGAAUGUUAGUGAUACGUCUAAUCUGACUUCAAGCGAAAGCGUCCCUCGCUAGAAUCAGGAAGUUUCUCUUUAUUAGAGAAGUGAAAACUGUUGGCAUGGACCAUUACGGUAUUUCCUGUUAAAUAUCAGUGAUUUGGUAACACUGAUGGAAUAUUGUUAGAUUGUUCAAAUGAAACCUAUGAUCUCAAUAAGUUAACUGUGAUUUGAAUCGUUAUGAUCGAAGCGGGGCAGGCUUUUUCAAAGAUAAAGAGUUUUUCCCGCUUACUGUUUAGACGCCUAGAUUGAUAGUUUCUGAGACGGUUUUUCACUGAAGUAGCAGUAGUUUUACAAAAUGGGAGCCUGUGAUGUUGUGACAAGUACCAACAAAAUAAAGUAUUUUUCAUCGUUA